GGGUGGCGAGACCCCGCCCCGGAAAUGCGUGUUUUAGCUUUCUGUGUGCUUAGGUGCCCGAGCUACUGAGGGUCUAGGUCCGGGCAGCCGAAGAGUGUGGUAGGUAACGGUCGUCAGCGCAAGGGUCAUUUCGUCGCUGGGAAGGGACGGCCCUCGCCCGCGGUGAUGGUGGUUAGCAAGAUGAACAAAGAUGCGCAGAUGAGAGCAGCGAUUAACCAAAAGUUGAUAGAAACCGGAGAAAGAGAACGCCUCAAAGAGUUGCUGAGAGCUAAAUUAAUUGAAUGUGGCUGGAAGGACCAGUUGAAGGCACACUGUAAAGAGGUAAUUAAAGAAAAAGGACUAGAACACGUUACUGUUGAUGACUUGGUGGCUGAAAUCACACCAAAAGGCAGAGCCCUGGUACCUGACAGUGUAAAGAAGGAGCUCCUACAAAGAAUAAGAACAUUCCUUGCUCAGCAUGCCAGCCUUUAAGAUUGAAUUAGAUUGUGUUGUUUUGUGGUUUUAUUUCUGAAAGUAAAAACUUGCCAUAAAUUAGGAAUCGAUUUCCCAAAAUAAAAUCCUUUUUUGUAUGAUGGUAUACAGUUUUCAGUAAUGAUGUAUACAUUGUAUUGAUUUCCCCUAAAUGUGUUAUUUUAAUAAAUAUCUCAUGAAUGA